CACCCCCCACCCCCCUCCCCUAGGUUAGUAAAACAUGAACUCCACACUCUGACCAAGUUUCAAACCCAAAAGAUUCUUCAGAUCUCCACACUCUGACCACAAAUAAUGCCACCACUAUUCCGCCUUAUUCCACCACUCAUCUUCCUUCUAACCACCGUAACAUCUCACCUAUGCCCACCAUUCACCACCACUACACCACCAUACCCUUUCUCAACCACCCCUGGCUCCGGCCACCCAUCCUUCCAAAUCACAUGCCACCCACCACCACUCUCCGCCACCAUCACCAUCAACAACCACCACUUCUCUCUCCUCACCUACGACCCCACCACCCCCACCCUCUCCCUCUUCCCCCACCCCACCCCCACCCCCACCACCACUAAAUGCACCACCACCACCACCACCAUCCCAACCCAACCCAUAAACCUCUCACACUCACCAUUCAAACCCACCGACUCAUUCUGCUCUCGCCUCUCUUACAUCACCCCUUGCAACCCACCCACCACCACCACCUUACCUAACUGCACCCACUGCCCAUACCUUUGUAAAAUUACCAAAACACCCCUUCACCUCAUCAACUCUUGUGGAUCUCAUCCUCCUCCACAACUCACCCAUGAAGGCUGUCAACCAGACAUCCUAGGUUUCCUCGACAGCUUCCUAAGAUUCGGAAUCCAAGUCGAAUAUCAACAACAAGAUUCUUACUUCACCACCUGCAAAUCUUGCAAAUCCUUAAACGGAACCUGUGGAUACAACUCUACCCACCCCAACAAACCGUUUUUAUGCCUUCAAACAACGAACUUCAAAACCCAAAAACCGGUUCACACAAAACGUAACAUACGUAUAGCUAUGAUGUCUUUAGCUACAUUGGUCUUAUGUAUGUUACUAAUUAUUUUAUUUACAUAUAUUUCAAGAACAAAAAAGCUAUCACCGGUUCAAGAUCCAGCGGUUGUCUACCUCCACAGGCACCGGUCUGCCAGCUUGUUACCACCGGUUUACACUUUCGAAGAGCUUCAACAAGCAACCAACAACUUCGACCCGGUUCACAAAAUCGGUGACGGCGGGUUCGGGUCGGUUUUCGUGGGUCAUUUUGAACAACAAAACAGGGUUUUCGCUAUUAAAUUCUUACACAAACAAAAUCCCACUUCGAAUUCGGUCUCAAUGAAGUCUUUUUGUAAUGAGAUCUUGAUAUUGUCGUCGUUAAACCACCCGAAUUUGGUUAAACUUCAUGGGUAUUGUAGUGACCCGAGAGGGUUGUUACUUGUGUACGAGUAUGUGCCUAAUGGAACGCUUUCGGAUCAUCUGCACGUGCACAGGAAAACGUGUUUACCCUGGCACGUGCGGCUGGAUAUCGCGUUACAGAUCGCUGUUGCGAUCGAGUACCUUCAUUUUUCGGUCGUUCCGCCGAUUGUUCAUAGAGACAUUACGUCGAACAACAUAUUUGCGGACAAGGAUAUGCGUGUUAAAGUUGGGGAUUUCGGGUUAUCAAGGUUGUUGGAUCCGGGUUGUGUGUGGACCGGUCCGCAAGGGACUCCUGGGUACUUGGAUCCGGAUUAUUACCGGUCGUUCCGGUUGACCGAAAAGAGUGAUAUUUAUAGUUUUGGAGUGGUAUUAUUGGAAUUGGUUACCGGGAUGAAAGCGGUUGAUGUGAAUAGAGAUAAGAGGGAGAUGACGUUGGCGGAUAUGGCGGUGGGGAAGAUUCAGAUGGGGUUGUUGGCGGAGGUGAUUGAUCCGAGGUUAGCUACGGUGGAUGGUGGUGCUGUCGCGGCGGUGGCGGAGCUUUCGUUUCGGUGUGUGGCAGCCGAUAGGGAUGAUCGGCCCGAUGCGAAAGAAGUGGUGGCGGAGUUGAGGAGGAUUAAGGGACGUACACGUGGCGGUGGUGGUGGUGGUGGUUCGGCGGUGGGGAUGAUUAGGGCAGCGAAUUCGAAUAGUGUUGUUCCGGAUGGCGGGCCGGUUAUGUAAUUUAUUUUUGUUAUAGUUAGGCUGAGUGUAGUCGUUUAACGCCAACCGUAACGGGUUUAAAAGGACGCCAAUGAAAACCCUCCAUUUGAAAGGGUGCGUUAGCCCACUACUUAGAGCCUAACUAUUUUUUUUAUUGUUUACUUCUUUUUUAUAGUACAAGUUUUGGAUGUAUGAUGUAUGAAUGAUGGUUCACACGUGUGUUUGGAGUUUAUAUAGUUGUGACAAAAUUUGCUUUCUCCUUUC